CGCUAGUUUCAGGCCGGCCAAGAGUUACUUACCUCAGCUUUACUAACCGACCCAUGGAGAUGACAAAUGCAAACUUGCUAACUGUCCGAUCAUCCCAACGUGAUAGAUAUAUAAAAGCUCAGUCCGCGAUUGAAUGAUGAUGGCAAGAUUCCCUACAGUAUGGCUGACUCUUAUCAAGAACCCUCGAUCACAAAAUCAGAGCCUGACGUUACCUGGCACCGUCGUGUAGCAGCGCCAGUCACAACCCCUGUCACGCCCGACGACGAUGACAAGCCAUUCUCACAUGGAAUUUUCGACAAGGAUCCAGCGACGGCUGCUGCAAGGAAAGGCUGGUUAAAAAUCAGCAUCCUUGGUUUAGUUGUUCUUUGCUUUAUGAUUUGGGGCGUUCUACCCAUUUACUGGGCUGCUCUUGGUCGGUCAUACAAUAACAUUCACAACCUAUCCGGAUUUGUGGUGGACUUUGAUGGAGGCGAAAUAGGACAAGCAGUAACACAGACAUUCAAGAACAUCAAUGGUCCACAACAAGUGUCCUGGCUAAUACUAGAUGCAACACGAUUUCCUAAUGGUCCGGAUGAUGUGGUUCAGGCUCUACUUGAUCAUAGAUGUUGGGCAGCUGUGACUAUCAAUCCCCAGGCCUCCACUAAUUUGAAUGCGUCGAUCAAUGCAACCAACGCAUCCUAUAAUACAUCUCAAGCUGUGACCGCAUACCUGACCAGUGCUCGUAACGAGAACAUAUAUCGAGGCGCUAUCAACCCACAAGUAACCUCGAUACUGACAAACGUUUCGCAUACAUUUGCACUAUCCCUCUCCCAACGGCUAGCGUCGAGGCCAGAUAUCUCGACACUCCUCCAAACCGCGCCUCAACUCGUAAUUCAACCCCUGGCUUUCGUUGUUAAUGACUUAAGGCCUUUUGAUGCCCCUGUGGCCUCCGCGGUAGACUUUGUUGGAUUGAUUUACCUCCUGAUUUUGGCGUUUGUGUUAACGAACCAGCUUUUGGCUGCUCGCGUCGAAACUGGCUUUGCUCGGCGUUUGAAAUUGCGCUCUCUCAUCAUUGUCCGCCUGCUAUGGCCGACUACACUCUACUUUUUCAUAUCCUUAAUGUAUUCUCUCUUAAGUUUGGCGUUCGGCGUGCCAUUUGGAAGGAAAUUUGGGCACGCAGGCUAUGUCAUCUACUGGAUGAUGUCGUGGUGCAGCAUGACUGCCUUGGGGCUCGCUCUCGAAUCUAUGAUCACCAUCCUUACCGUGAAAUUCAUCGCAGUAUUCCUUAUUCUGUGGAUUAUAUCUAAUGUAUCUGUAUCCUUUUAUCCGAUAGAAGUACUGCCAGCGGUAUUUCGCUAUGGGUUUGCGAUGCCAUUCUAUAACGUCUCAAGCACAGUUCGGACAGUUAUUUUUAACACCAAGAACGAGAUCGGACUAAAUUUCGGUAUCCAAUUCGCGUGGAUUCUGAUCUCUUGUAUCACCCUUCCGAUAUUUCAAUGGAUCGUAAGACGACAAGAAGUCAAGGCUUGGGAAGCAUCACAAAGAGCUGCGCGAGAGAAGGCAUAACGCGACUCAAACCGUUGGGACGACACGCGGUCCGGCUUGGCUAGUACACUAGUGUUAUCAUCAGAUAUCUAUAACCUACUCUACAUUCUACCAUACUCGCGGUUGGUCUCAAGCUGAGGUGACGGGCAUGUUAGCAUCUAUCCGAAGGCCCAAGAGCCGACCAAACCUGAUUAGGUAGUCAGUAACAUUGAUUGUCAAAGCUUCAAGUGCUUACUUCUAUGAUAUUCAUU